CUUCGUGCAACAUCUGCCUUGAUGUGCGAAGAAUUGACACGGACGUCAGCUAGGAAGCCACUAUCACGCCCAGCGUGACGAGAAGGAUCGCGGGUAUCGUCCUCGCUUAUGAGUCUCGUAGAGGGCGGCGUGUGGCUGCUGCACAUGUACCUGGAGCUGCUGCUGUUCUUUCCUCGCCUGCUGUGAGUCCCAUCCCAGCCCGUUUAUGUCUGUUUUUCUGACUGCCACUCAAUCACAUUGCAGAAUCGAGCUCAACUUGGCGUGGAACCCCUUCGUGAUCCUCACACGGAGAGCUCUGCAACACCUCCACUCUGCAUUCAAGGCCAUCACAGAAAAUAUGACCGAUAGCGACGGAAUGCGCUGGCUGCAACCUGGAGAACGCGGCGGAGAGCGCAUCGCCGUCGUAAGUUACCCACGUUGCGGCAACUCGCUCAUGCGUGGCCUGCUAGAGAAGGUCACAGGCGUCUACACAGGCUGUGACACUCGUCCGGACCGCUCCCUUAGCAAAGAAUUGCAGCAAUACGGCAUGAAAGGCGAGGGCGUCGUGGACGAGUCUGUCUGGUUCGUCAAGACGCACUUCCCCGAGCGCGUGGGCUACAAGGAAUUCCCCGUCAAGAAGGCGAUCUUGGUAGUGCGCAACCCAUGGGAUGCCAUCGAUUCGUACUUUAACAUGACGCUCACUAAUACGCACAACAAGAGUCUACAUGAGUCCCAGUACGAGCGCUUUGCGGACCGAUGGGACGGCCUGCUCCGCAACGAGAUCGACGUCUGGAUGAAGUUCCAUCGCUACUGGACCACAAAAGUGGACAUUCCUAUCAUUGUUGUCCGCUAUGAGGACCUCAUGAUGCAUCGGGAGGAAACAUUGCGUCGAGUGUUCUUGUUUUUGACGGAUCUGACGACUCUGGAAGGCACGGAGUGGGAACAGCGGAUUCACGAUGUCAUGGCUACUAGUGGUGACAAGGCUGGACCUUAUAAGCCUCGCAGCGGCAAAAUUGGCGGAUCGUUCCGUCAUUAUUCGGAGGAGCAGUUCCAGUACAUUCUCAAGACAGCGAACUUACCGCUGCGUGGAUUUGGUUACGACCCGGAGACGCAGAAUUUCCCCAAGGAGAUCACGCUCCCGAAGCGACAGGUGAAGUCUGGUAAGGAAGGCGCUGAGCUGCUGAUCUCGACGGAUCCGACGAUGGAGAUUCGCAAGAAGAACGAUUCCUUCGGUCGUGGCUCGACCUACUUCCGACGAGCUCUUACAGAGCCUGUCAUCGCAAACGAUGGCACAGAACUCAACAUGGACGAGGUGCUAGCUGCGAGGGAACGGCUGGCCAAGAAAGAAGAGGAUGAAGCGACUAAGAAGCUUGAGGAACUGACUGUGAACGACACUGAACAGAAAGAAUAGGAGCGCAAUGAAUAUAUUUCGUAAGGCAGCUCUGCUAGCCUACACCUUACAAACUCACGUGGUCGCGAUGGGUUUGAGUGCACCUUCGAUGCGUCGGAUUGUCGUCUGCAGCUUGAGUUUGAACGCUGCGUCCU